AGGGACCAUGGACAUGAACUACUUGCAGCAAGAUCCUCGCGUGGCGCGCGAGAUGAUCUCUCUCCUCGAAAGACAGCUGGUGGAAAUCAGAACAGCUGCUGAAGCCAAUCCUAACGACUACAACGUGUAUGCCAAGUGGGGAGAACUCUUGCUAGAGCUCUCGAUGUUCAAGAACGGAGAUGAAGCCACACAGAUCUUGUCUCAAUGUAUAAACAAGCUGGAGAAAAGUCUCAGCAUCUUCCCUGAUAAUCCUCACCCGAUGAUAGUUCUUGCUUCAGCGCUCAAUGCUCGCGCGUUCUUGCAGCACGACACUCAGGUGGCUCUUUCUCUGUUCGAUCGAUCCAAGAAGAAUUUCGAGAGAGCGCUGGAGCUCGACCCCACCAACGAUAAGUGCCGGCAGCUCCUUGAAGCCAUGGAGAACGCGCCUGAGCUGCAUCAACGUGUGGUUGCUCAGCUGCAGGCGGAAGGACAGUACUCGAACAAGUCUGCUCCGACCGCGGGGAACGACGAGUGGUUCUAUGAUGCGUUGGGUUGGGGCAUCUUGAUCUUCGGAGGAAUCUCAGUUUUGGCGAUCUUGAAUAUGAAGCAAUCGGCUGCGUAAUGGAAUGACUAGUUUGGGAAUAAAAACCCAUUCCUUGCAUGA